AUGAUUUUUUAUAUUAUAAUCAUAUUUGUUUUUUAUGUCCUUUAUAGAAUAGUUUUGAAACCAUUGAUACCAUUAUUGAUAUUGAAGCUUUAAUUUGGAAAGGAGGCUUAUUUGUGGUACGCACCAAUUUGGGGCUUGUUGAAAUACAAUUUUAGAUCAUUAAAAUAAAAUGGUGAUUUUUUUGAUGAUCUAAGAAAGAGGAUGAGGGAAAAUCCCCAAGUAAAGAUCUUGUUGACAAAUUUUUUGGAUACACCAUUCAUAAAUUUUGUGGAUAGCGAAUAUAUUAAGAAAAUGUAUUUGGAAUAUUAAAAUUUCCCAAAGUUUAAUCUUCUUAGAUAUGACAACUUGAUUGAUAAAGGAUUGUUAAUGACAGAAGGUGAAGAAUGGAGAUUUUAGAGAACUCUAUUAGGAUUAGCCUUUACUUUUGAGAAAUUGAAAUCAAGAAUUCCUAUGAUUAAUUAAACUGUAAAAGAAAGAUGUAUUUUGGAUCCAAAAACUAAUUCUUUUGAUUUCAUUUCAUGGAUAACAGGAGAAGUAGUCAUUCAUAGUUUUUUUGGUGAAAUUGCCAAAGGAUUAACUAUAAAUGGGAAACCUGGACAAGUAGAAAUAGUAAAGCUAGUUGCCGAUAUAAUGUUGUAACGAUUUAAAAAUGCUUACACUUAAAUUAAAUUAAUGAUACUAGGUAAUAAAGGAUGGAGAAUAUUGGCAACUAAAAAGGAAAAAGAUAUAAAUAAUAGGGUGGAUACGCUUAGAAACACUGUAAAGCAACUAAUUGAAACAAGGAUACAAUAGUUAAAAGGAGAAACUGAAGCAAGGAAAGAGAAAGAUAAAGAUUAAUGUUUUUUAGAUAUUUAUUUAUGUGAAUUAUUGAAAUAGUAAAAUGAAGGAAGUAAAAAGAACAUAGAUUUCGAACCAGUACUUUAAUAGUUUUUGACAUUGUUUUUUGCUGGAACUGAUACAACUGCAACUAUGACUGUAACUUGUCUGGUUUAUUUGGCAAAAUAUCCAGAUGUCCAAAAUGAAUUAUUGGAGGAGAUUAAAGAUUUAAUGUAAGAUUCAGAUGUUUAGGAUACUCAUCUUCCAAAGCUUGUGAAAAUGAACGCAUUUAUAAAUGAAGUCUUCAGAUUAAGGAAUCCAGCUUUUUCCCCUUUUGUAAGGUUGGUUUAAUAGGAUAUGCAAUUUCUUGAUAUCAAACUUAAAAAAGGAUGGAUGGUAGUCCAAAGACAUGAUAUUCCUGUUAUUAGAAAUGAGCAUUUUAGUAAUCCUGAAGUAUUCGAUUACAAGAGAUGGUUGACUGGUCAAGGAGCUAUUCAAUCAGAUAAUGGUUUUGUUCAUAUUCCAUUUGGAGCAGGAGGAAGAAAUUGCAUUGGUCAACAUAUGGCUUAAAUGGAAUUAAAAAUCAUUUUAUGUCAUAUCAUUAGAAAGUUCUAAGUUAGUCUUAACCCAGAUGUUUAACUUAAGUUUGGUAUCAGGUUUCUCUAUGGUGCAGAACCAGAUAAUUGUUUGAUCUAUAAAACAAGGAGAUGA